AUGCCGACUUCCAGCGAACGUUCGUGGUACGAGACGGGUGACGGCGAGACCUGUAAUAUCUCUCCGCUUCAGGUGGUCAAUACGUUGAAGAGCAUGGGGGCCCCUUCACACAGAAUUGCCAGUGUCAAGACGAGGUCCGACAUGUGCCGCAACAUAACACAGGCCCUUGAUCUUAACUGCUUAAAGAACUGGAAGUUUAAAGCGUUUCUGGGAUCGGGUGCUCACGGAAGCACAUUCAGCAUUAUAAACAAAAGUGGCACAGUCCGUGCGGCGAAGAUUGUCUUUGUGGACCCGUGUCGCGAGGUCAGGGCACAGAGGAAAAUGGCAUCGAUUGGCGUGGCUCCGAAAGUCUACGAUACCUGCAAACUUGCCAAAGGAGUUUGGGUUUUGACGAUGGAUCAGGUCAACGGGUCCGUGCAAGACUUGGUUGGUGGUCACAAGAGUCUUGGUAAAAAAAAGUUGAAGACCCUAUUUCAGGGUAUCGUCAAGACUGUCGAGGCGAUGGAAAAGGCUAACGUAUCGCACGGAGAUCUCUCUCUCGACAACAUAGGGUACGUCGUUCGUGCCGACGGAAGCUAUGACGUAAUGCUGAUCGAUUUCGGAUGGAGUGGAGAACAUGUACCAAUGUUUGACAUGACCAGCCUUGCGCAAGCUCUUCUGUUUACGAAGAACGAGCACAACCGCGCAUAUCUUUACGACAAGACCCAUGCCUAUAUACGUGCAAAGUACAAUUUCACUCUCCCCGAGUCGGUGCACGGGUUCGACGUGCUGUUCAGGGACUUCCAGCAAAAGUUUGUCACCAAGCACGGGAAAGCUCUGGCUUAG